AGAGACACUGCCAAGAUGUCUAAGGAAAACCCGGAAUAUAAUGUGGGAGACAUAAUCUCCUUUAACCGUGGACUCUAUCAUCACUGGGGGGUUUAUUACGGACAGGAACAUGGAAAACAUUACGUUGUCAACGUUUCAGGAGGAGAGUCCAACAGCAAGCCUUUGGCCAUUACUUCUAAAUUGGUGAAGGAAGAACUUAACAAGGUGGCUGGAAAAAGUGCCUACUCUGUGUACAAAGAACUGGACACACAUAAUAAACCAAGAAGUCCUGAGCAGAUGAAAGCAGACAUGGACAAAAUGAUUGGUACCCAAAUAAAGUAUGAUCCCUUUGGAAAGAACUGUCAACACUUUGCUACACAAAUACGGUACGGCAAGGAAAUAUCUCCCGAGGGGGAAAGUGCAGCCAAAUCCGUGGGCAAAAACCUGACAGAUUUCCGUGCAGAAAUGGACCCUUUUUCUGUCUUUGGAAGAGAGAAGUUCAAAAAGUAA